GAAAAUGAUCAGAUGAGUCAACGGCAUCAGCCUUGACAUAUAAGUUAGUUAUUCCUACGAUUAGUUAGAAGAAAAAGAAAAAAAAACCUCCCCACUAAUUUCACCAUAGGCCUGUUUGGUUCCGACCGUGAGCAAGACUGAUGACGGAAGCAGCGACCCGCUGACGUCUCAGGCCCUGAUCGAAUCUGAUGUCCCCUCCUGCUCCAUGAGAAUCAUCCAGGUGUAUAAAAUGGACCUGAAGGGGAGAAAAGAAAAGACACAGAGAGUCAGGAAGCACCGGGUCAACAGAGUGGAGAUACAGCAGCGGCUCAAGAUCAGGACUUUGGAGAGCGCAGCGGAUAGAGCAGAAAGAGGACACCUUUCUCUGGAGCACAUGUGUAAAGCGAUGUUACAACGGACCGGCCCCCAGCUGCUUUUCCUAAUAGCCCUGUGCAGUGUGUUGUACUCACGGACUCUGAGUCUGCCAUACACAUCCAUGAGACCGUCGAGACACGCAGACGGUCUGUUCACCAGCGGAUACAGCAAACUCCUCGGACAGCUUUCAGCGAGGAGGUACCUGGAGUCUCUGAUCGGGAAACGGGUCAGUGAUGAGCUCAUGGAGGAACCGGUGAAGCGCCACUCAGACGCCAUCUUUACAGACAACUACAGCCGAUUCCGCAAACAAAUGGCCGUUAAGAAGUACCUGAACUCAGUCUUAACAGGAAAGAGGAGCCUAGAAGAUCCUGGCACCAGUGACCUGGAGGAGUCCAGGGACGAACCCACGACCUUCCAGGACAGCUACAACGACAUCAAUGUAGAUCACCUGCUAAACAACUUUCAGCUGCCACUUUGAGGAGGGGCCUGUGUUCCCGUGAAUCCCUGAAGUCAUCCUCAUGAAACCGCCCAUUCCAAAAACAACACCGUAUUAAUUCAAAGGACAUUUGGAAGUCAAAUCAAUCAAUGAUGAUGUGUUCUCCAAUGUGAUUAUCUAUCUAUUCAUACACACAGUACAUGUUUACACUGUAUAUAUGCAGUAUAUAAAUACCAUACUAAUAGCUAAAGAUUUUGGCCCAAUGACCCUGUGGGCAACACUGAGCAACAUGUGUGUCCAGUUUUUAAAAACUGGCAACAGUGAACAUAAACAAAAGUACCACGUUUACUUUCUCUCAGAUCGCUGUUGUUCCAACAACUUUCAAUGGAACAGUUUCUGUCCUUUUUAAGAAACCACUGUCAUAUUAAAUUUGAGUGAAAUGUAUCCCUUCAACUUUAAGUAAAACAUUUGACCCACUGAAUGUCAAUAGAACAUCAUUUACUUUAAAAAGUGUACCUUACCCAUUGAUUUUAAGUUACCACUGUUCACUCAGUGAACUCUGAAUGGAAAAUAAGUCCAACUGAAUUCUCAUGAAUUUUCACUGACUGAAUUUGCAUUAAAUUUCAAUGGAGAACGUGUUUAAUCUUCAGUGCAACACUUGCACCAUCUACUUUCAAUACAGUAACUUUUAUACUGAAUAUCAGUGGACUAUUGUCACUAGUUUAACGAAACCAAAAUUUGCCUGAUGAACUUUGAAUGGAACAUCUGUAUUAUUGAAUUAUGACUCACAUUCACUAACAAGUAGUUCCAUUCACUUUCAGUGGAGAAUUUGGGCACUUAAUCUUCAAUGGGACACUAGCACAAUUAGCUUUCAGUGAAAUUACUGCUUUAUAAAAAAUUUAAUAUUUUGUUUCAGGAUAACUGUUGUUCAUCAAAUUUCCAUGGAAAUAUUACUGUUCCAUUAAAGUCUGAGUGAAACUUCUCCCAAUAACUUUCAGUCAAACAUAUGACCCACUGAAUAUCAAUGGAAGAGCAUUAGUUUUAUUUAUUUUUUUGUUUUGUUUUUAGUGUAUCUACUAUGCAUUUAACUUUAAGUAAGACAUUUGUACCAUUAAUUUUAAAUGGAACAUCUGUGAUCAGAUUCUGAUUAAUUGAUUAUAUUCUGAUUAAUUUAACUAAUGCAAACCAAUAGUUCCAUCAACUUAAAUGGAGAAUUAUAGUAACAUUGGUUUCCAGUCACUGCUAUCACUGCUUUAUAAUAAGUUCCAUUGACCCAUUUAUCUUUAAUAGAACGAUGGUUGCAUCUAAUUACACUGAAGCAUUUGAUUGAUUUUGGUGUGAUAACUUUCAACAGAUUUGACCUUUAAAUACACAUAGGAUAAAAAAUGGGUUGCAACAGAACAUCUGUUUUCACAGGUUAUGGAACAGUUUUAGAGAAUCCAAAUGUGGUCAUUUGAUGAUUAAAAAACCAAAACAACAACAAAGGAUCAAGAGGAAGUGAAACACAUUUUGAAUGGGCACAGAUGCAUAUAUUCACUUUAUACUAUUAUAUAUGUAGAGUAAAGACGUUAUAACUGAGCAUAGAUCUGCCUUUAGUGCAUAUAGUGAUGUACACCACCAACCAAAUAAAAGAUAUUGGUUUAUUUUUCAAAGCUGAGUCUUUUGUCUGGCUGAUUGUUUGAUGACUGGAGUUUCAGGACAUGAGUUUGAU